AUGCCUGUCCCUGCUAUUGGAACCCCCGUGGGCCUUGAGAUUCCCGUCAAGGACACGAAGCGUGCUUCCGAAUUUUACAGCACUGUCUUCAACUGGAAGUUUUCCAAAGAAAACUUCGUUGGUGCCCCAGAGGAGUACCUCCUCGUGUUCAAAGUCGAUGGCGAGAUGUUUCCCGGGGGCGGCGUCAUCAAGAAAGUUCCAGAGGGAGAGCUCGGUGUUGGUGGUGCUACCAAGGUAUUCUUGUAUGUUGACAACAUCGAGAAUGCCAUCGAGAAAAUCGAGGCCAAUGGCGGCGAGACAACCAGUGAGAAAGAAGCCGAAGGUGAUCGGGCAUUCUACCAGUACUUCCAGGACACUGAAGGUAACACUCAUGCCGUGUACACCUACAACAAAUAG